UCAGGCAAGGCGGCUAGGCAUUUACGAUGUGCUGGAUUAGAUCAAUUCUCCAUCGUCCAUCCAGAUACGUGCAAACAGCGGCACAACACUAUCGCCUUCUCCCCAAAAAACAACAGCAUAGCACAGUCCUCUUCUCCCCCAGAUCCAGUCGCGCCCGAGCGCCUCCUCGUGCCCUUGUCGAGGAAGCAGGCAACCUUCGAGGCGCCCCUCUCCCACAGCUCGAACCCGAGUAGCUCGAGCCAGUCAUCCCCGCCGGCGAUCUGCAACAACAGUAGCAGGACCCCGCCGAAGAACUCAAACAACAACAAUGGCGCCGCCACCAUGGAGCCCAGAACUCCGCCAUCACACUCGCAUCAAGUCGCCCGAACCUACACACCGACGCCCUCCGCUGCGACCCAGCAUGCCCGCGUCAGCAGGAGGAUCUCCGACACUGGCCUCGACCGCCUCCCUCUAUUCGAUAACCCCGAUUCAGACCGCCCAGAAGCCUCCAAUCCAUCAGAAGCAAUCGCUGCUUUAGGCCAACUCCACUGCACGACCCCAAACGGACGUCUGUUUUGUCUGGAUUCUGUCCGUUUGGGUAGGGAUUUGGGGUCGUGUCCGGACGUGUCCUGGGAUGCGGUGGGCAUGUGCCCAGCGCGCGGACGCAUCCCGACCGUAUCCUGUCCGCGUAUUUUUCUUUGCAAGUCCUUAACUUUUUUUUAUCAUUCAUUUUUGGUACAUGACAAUACAUCAUCACAUUUUGACUAGUAAAGCAAGGCCAAAGAAAAUAAGAACAACAAGAAUACAUUUUAGAAGAUAGCCAACUUCCAUAACUGCCCUCUUGAGUUGGGUUAGGGCCUUCUUGAUGCACUCAUUGUUGAUCUGUGGAGGAGGCUCGAUCUGGCAUCCUCCUUUCUUCUUCAAGCCAGAUGUAGAUGUUGCUUCGUGUCUAGCCUCUAAUUUAGCAAUAAGUGCACUUGUCUCAUUUACAUCCUCUAUGCUAGCUAAAAGUGCACGAACAUGUACUAAAUUUCGCUCUAUCAAUAUAUCGAUGUACUCUUUUUCCCAAUACCAAAACUUGCAUCCAUUCUACACAACAAAAUUUGAAGUUAGCACAUUAGUCAAAUCUAGAGCACAAACUGAAGCUAAAAAAAGCACAUACCCCAUCGUUUAAGCACUUAAUGAACACCCAUCCGGGAUGUUCCGGCGUUGUAGACACGCGGCGCACGACCAUCCUUGGACAGUGGUCGCACUUAAUAAGUGGCAACGGUGCGCCGGCGAGCUUUUGGGCAAGCACCGAGCCCGGCCGACCGUCAUUCGUGUAUCUGCCGGCGGACCACCGACGAUGCAGAUCCGAGCGGCUAGAAGAGGAGCCACUGCCUGCAUGUGGCCUUGUGGCCCUGCCAGGGCCUUCCGGCGAGGUGCCCGGCCUCCCACAGCCGUCGAGCUCAAGACCGAUCGGAUCCGCCCCAAAAUCGGCCGGCGGGUGCGCAAACCAGGUGGCCGUGGUUGGGUAGCUCGGUGGUGCCGAGGGGAAGGGGUUGGGCGAGCUCGCGUCCGAACUGCACGACUGCAAUGGCAGCAGCGACGGUGGCAGCGAGGGAAAGAGUGGGGAAGAGUGGAGGGGGUGCGGCCGGAGGGAGGGAGGGGGACGGAUAGAAAAAGGGCCGCCUUGUGCCACCGACGGGCGGGCCAGGGGAGGACACGCGCAGACGACCCGUGCGUCCGCGUGCUGUCCGUUUCACCCUAAAAGCGGCGCAAACUUGGGCUGCGGAUGGGUCGAAAGCGGACACAAAACGGACAAAAGUCCGUUUGCUCCCGCGCGCUGGGCCGCCUCUUUUGUUCCUUUUACCCAAACGGACGGGGCCGGACAAGAUAGGGUCGCGCGGUGGAGUUGUCCUUAUUAUUAGGGGAAGAUAUAGAUAUAGAUUUGCCCACCAGUAAAAAGUCAUUUUUCCAAAUAAAACCAACCACCUAUCUGCUCGCCUCUUUCCCCACGCCGCCUGCUUCCGGUGAGAAGUAUAGCAGUGAGCUACUCCUACAACGGAGUGACCGAUCUACCACCACCACCCCACACCCACACGCCGCUCGCCCUCGUCUCGAGAUCUCUGGCGCUUCCCAUGAAUCCCCACCCCCUCCGCCUCGGCGCGCUCUUGGCGGCCCUCGUGCUUGCCGCCGGCGGCGGGUGGUGGGGCCGUGCGGAGGCGUCGAUCCACACCUACGGGCGCGAGUCGUUCCGCGAGGUGGGCAACGCUUUCCUCCUCUCCGGCGGCAGCGAGGGCAUCGUCGCCGACGGGGUCGAUCUCGCCGCCCCCGCCUCCUCCUUCAUCAAGUAAGGCCAGGGGUGUGUGCUUUUCUGUGUGACGCGUUGCGUUUGGACGGGCUGUGAAUAGCGGCUCUAUCAUUGCUUUGCUUGCUCACUAACAUUUAAUUCGAGUUUGACGUGGUUUCUCGUGGAUUAAGCAUUUUAGCUUGCUCCCAUGCGCCUCAAAGAAAUUUUGGAUUGCUAAUAGUUCAAGCUGCAUGCCUGCAACCCACAUUCUUCCCACCCAUUGUAAUUUUCAGUUCAUUAUGCACAAAAUUCGAGAGUUGUUGAUGCGUAUGUUGGCCUGUGUCGUAUUUGAGAUGAUGUUGGUGAGAUGAACAUGAUGAAGUAUUCACUUUUACUGACAGUUUUCUUUCUGUUUCAGUGUUUUAACUCUUUUGUUCACUGGAUUACCAAUAUGCUUGUAAACUGCUUUGAAACUUGUAGAUGUUUGUGAAUGUUACUUUCUGGAGGAACGCAGAAUCAGCAGAAUCACAUGCAAAAAUGGCACAUAGUACAGGCUUGGUGCAAGCUAUUUUAUUUGAAGCAGCUGACAGGGAUAACAUUGGGGGUUCUGCCUAUGGUGGACAGAGGUCCAUUUGUUGCACCCCUGACCUUGCUAAACUAGAGGGCUGCAAACAAGGUGAAGUAAUCAGGAGGCCAUCUUCUGAUGACCCAGCUUGGCCUGUCGUGGUAGAUACACACUUCAGUGCUAAUCACCUUUCAGUGAAGUUGGAUGAUGAGGAAGUUCACAUUACAAAGACAGGCAUGUACAACUUGUUCUUCAUUUCUUGUGAUCCAAAACUAAGGGGCCUUGCUAUGAGUGGGAAGACAAUCUGGAGAAAUCCUGGGGGGUACCUACCGGGACGAAUGGCACCUCUGAUGAGAUUUUAUGUUUUCAUGUCGCUGGCUUAUCUGUUAGUCAUGGUUGUCUGGUUUAGCAAUUACAUAAGGUUUUGGAGAGAUAUACUGCCAAUACAGAAUUGGAUCACACUAGUAAUUGCUCUUGGACUGUUUGAGAUGACACUAUGGUACUUUGAGUACUUAAACUUCAACAGCAGCGGUGUACGACCUGUCGGAAUUACAACUUGGGUUGUAACUGUUGGCGCUAUCAGAAAAACAAUUUCCCGUCUACUGAUCCUUUCUAUAUCCAUGGGAUACGGUGUUGUUCGCCCAACUCUAGGAGGGCUCACCUCUAAGGUUUUACUCCUUGGGCUUACAUAUUUCCUGGCUUCUGAAUUACUGGAUAUUUCAGAAAAUGUUGGAACAAUUAAUGACAUCUCAGGCAAAGCAAAGCUUUUCCUUGUCCUUCCUGAUGCAUUUUUGGAUGCUUUUCUCAUACUUUGGAUUUUCACUUCUCUUUCCCGCACUCUCGAGAAAUUACAGGCAAGGAGGAGUUCUGUGAAAUUGGAUAUAUACAGAAAGUUCACAAAUGCACUGGCGGUCUCUGUCAUAGCUUCAGUUGUCUGGAUUGGCUAUGAGGUCUAUUUCAAAGCAACAGAUCCCUUUAGUGAGAGAUGGCAGAGUGCCUGGAUCAUAACAGCCUUCUGGGACGUUCUUGCAUUUGUUUUGCUUAUUGUGAUAUGUUAUUUGUGGGCACCUUCCCAAAGCUCACAAAGAUAUGCAUAUUCAGGCGAAACUGUCGACGAUGACGAUGAUGAGGCUCAGUCUCUGACAAAAGGGUCUGAUGGUGAUGUGGGGAUGGUAAAGAUCGACAAAGACAGAAAUGCUGGUGUUAGCAGUGCUUUCAGCUUGGAAGAUGAUGAGGCUGAAGAGGACAAAAGAGAAUAGUAUUUCUUCCCUUGUUCCUUGUGCCCAGGUACCCCAGAAGCAAGUGGUUUGUUGGAGCGAGAAUGUUCCAUGGGUUCGAGUGUUUUUUUGGUGAUUCGAUGUCCUCUGAUGUUCCUACCUUAGACAGGUUUUGUUGUAGAAGCGUGUGAUUUUUACCCACACCGUGGAAGUGUGAUGACCCGUAUGGGGUGUGGGUCGGUGCUUGACUUUGAAGUGCCAGUGUGACAUUGCCCUCGUCUCGAGAAGGAACCCCAUACCAGAUUGGCGCUGAUGGGAACCGCUGAGGAGCCCCAUCCCAGGUUGGCGCCGAUGGGAACAGCUGGCGAAGCACCUCGUUGUCUUCGGGAGUGAAGACCAGUGUACUGUGAGUUGGACCAUGGCGGAGGUGCCCCUCUUGACCAUACGGUGAUUCAAAAUCGCCUCCCUAAGCAGGGGUAGUUUCUGUCAAAUCAGGUGCCCGUGGAAGCUCGGAGAAGACGAGCGUGUAAUCAGGCGCGAAUGCUGGGAGACAGAAUACCAGGUGGAUACGGCUUUCCCGUGGCAGUGUUAGCUUGUACACCAGAUUUCCCACCUUCUGCUCGAUUUCUGGUGGCAGUGCGAGCUUGUACGCCAGACUUCACCUUCUGCUCGACGCCCGGGUGGUUCGUUUACCGUGGACUGGACGUACGACUGCAGCUAUGAGGACACAUCCCCACGGCAUAUGUUGAGGUGGACAUUUUCAUGUGCAUGAAUGCAUGUUGUGGUGGGCCUUUUGCCAUGCAUGUUGCUUGAUGAUGUGGCAUACUUGCA